AGAAACAACAACUUUCAUUAUUAUUAGAAUCAAUUAUGAAUAAAUCAAAGAAUUCUGGUGUUUAGGCGCCACAAAAUGUGAAAAACAUCCAAAGAAAAUCCAACUGAACACGACUCAAGCACCAAAAAAUGCAGAGAAGUUGAGAAAACGUGUUUAAAUUAAAGAGCCGUCAUUAACGGACAGAAAAGUCAGCAUCAUUAGGAUCACUUAUGAAUGUGUUUUAGGCACCAAAAAAUGUGAAAAAUGUCCAAUAACAUUAAAAAAAACAUGCAGAGAAGUUGAGGAAACAUGUUCAAAAUAAAGAAUUUUAGGUCUCGGGUGUGAAAAACUGUGAAAAAUGUGUAAUAAAAGUAAGAAAACAACAGAAAAGUUGAGGAAACAUGUUGGAAUGAAAGAAUUUUGAUGCUUAGGUGUGAAAAAUGUGUCAAACAAAAAUCCAACAAAAAUCCAAAAAAUGCAGAAAAGUUGGGGAAUCGUUUUCAAAUUACAGUAUUUGGGGUUUUUAGGCAUCAAACAAUGUGAAAAACAUCCAACCAAAUUAAGAAAAAAACGCAUAAAUGUUGAGGAAACGUGUUCAAAUUUAGGAGAAUAAUGUAGAAAUAUUUAUUUAAUGCACCUUUUAAAGACCGAUGAUCACAAUAUUGACGAUAUUUCACAGUUAGAUCAGAAAUUAUCUGUAAAAUUGUGUCUUUUCUGACACUCUGAUGAUUCAUUUCUACAUUUAUUCUGAAAUCUAUCCAGGGUUUAUGGGAUUAUUUCACAGCUUAAAAUGGUUUCAGUGGUGAAAACCUUUAAAUACACUAAAAAUAUUCCUUAUUUUUAACGGAAAUUCUGCUUUUGGAUCCUUCCUGUUCUUUGUAUUUCCAGCUUCUCUGAUCAAUUUAAUUCCAAAUAAAUGUGAUUAAAAGUCAUAAAUACCUUCAGAAUUUCAUUUAUUUUGUGUCUUUAGGUGGUUUUCUGCAACUGUGAGCUGAAAAAGUCCUUAAAAUUCUGUCUUUUUUAAUGUAUUAAAGGCUUACAGGUGGAAUCUGAUGUGGUUUUAAAUGGUGUUGAAUGUUAAUGGUAGCUCAAUUAUUGUGUUUUUUUAAUUGAAUUUGGUUUAAGUGGUGAAGCAGACCAAACACAAUAAAAGAUGAAUUCAUUUUUCCUGUUCAUGGAUGCUUUCUUUCAUUUGGAUGUUCAGCUCUUUUGUUCACUUUGUUUUCAAAUAAAUGUGAUAAAAUGUCACAAAUCUCCCCAAAACGUCCUUUAAGUCGCAUUUAACAACCAAAAUCUGAUCAAUUUCUGAGAUUAUUGUUCUUAUUCUGUGCAUUUUCAUCUCCUCUGAUGAUUUUAAUUUCAUAAUAAUUAUAGAAGAUUAAUGCCUGAAUGUGAUUAAAUGUCAUAAAUAUCCUCUGAAUGGAGUUUCGUCUGUUUCUAGGUGGAUUUUUUGAGCUGAAACAUGAAGGAAUUCUAAAAUUCUGCCUUUUUUAAUGAGAGUUUUGUUUGAAGAGCUGAGAGGUGGAGUCAAGAAUGUUCAAAAAUCUGGUCAUUUCAGCUCACUUUAAUUUUACAUAAAUCCAAUUUAAAGCCAGAUAUAUUCUCAGAAUGUGCUUUAAUUUGUGUUUUCUGGAACUAUGAGCUGAAAAACUGAAGAAAAACAUGUUUUUUACGGGAGUCACACACAAAAAAAAAACACAAAAAUGUGCUCGUUUCAGCUCCUUUAAUAACAAAUAAAUGAUUUAAAGCCAGAAACACACUCAGAAUGUGUCUUAAUUCAUGAUUCUGGAGCUGUAAGCAGAAGAAAAUUCACUAAAACUGAAUAUUUUGUCAUUAGAGUUUGGUAUAAAGAGCAGCAGGUGAACUCACAUUUAACAGGAAUAAAAACACCUGCUCACUCUGGCUUCUAAUUAUGGUUUUUAAUGCACUAAAUUAGCAAAUAAAUGUUAAAUUUAGAAUUAAUUGUAGAUAUGAAACUGCUUUCAUUUAUUCCAAUAAACCUUUCACCACUUUAAUUUCAAAUAAAUGUGAUUUAAAGUCAGAAAUAUGCUGAAAAUGUUCUUUAAUUUUCUGCAGCCGUGAGAUGAAAAAAUGACUAAAAUUAAGAUUAAAAUCUGCUCAUUUCAGCUUCUUUGACCAUUUUAAUUAGAAACAAAUGAGAUUUAAAGCCAAAAUAAGCUCAGGAUGCAGUUCAAUUUAUGUUUCUACACCUGUGAGAUGAAAAAUGGACAAAAAAUGAGUAUUUUAAUGGGAAUAACAUCCAACAAGCCAUAAAAAUGUGUUCAUUUCAGCUCCUCUGACGUUUUAAUUUCAAAUAAAUGUAAUUUAAAGCCAAAAAUAAGCUCAAAAUGUGUUUUAAUUUGUUUUUCUAGAACGGUGAGACAAAAAAAUGGAUGAAAAAUCGUAUUUUAAAGAGCUGCAGGUUCAAGAUUUGUCUUUUAAUUCUGUUUUUAAUGCAGUAAAUUAACCAAAUAGAGUGAAAACUGAUCGAAUUUUCUGCUUUAAAUGUUAAAUUCUGAGUGAUUUAUGGAGAUGAAACUCCUCCUAAUCGAUCAGUUAUCAGCUCUGAUCGGCUGGGAUCGAUCAGGUGGAGGAUCUGACUCCACCUGGGUGGAGGUGCGGCCUGCCGGAGUGACGGAGGUCCGGAGGGUUGGACCUGCCGGGGGGAGGAGGACCAGCAGCCGCAGGUCACCGCCGCCUCCUCCUCCUCUCCGGCACUCUCCGCUCGGCUCGGCUCGGCUCGGCGCCUCCACCCGACCAGGACGCACAGGACCGGGACAGGACCGGGACAGGACCGGGACAGGACCGGGAGACCAGGAGACCCGGAGUGGGACCUGCAGGAUCCGCGUUCCGGCCGCGGACUCCCGCCAUGCUGGGGACGGUGAAGAUGGAAGGACACGAAGCUCCGGACUGGAGCGGAUACUACAGCGAGGAGGUGUACUCUCCAAUGACGGGCAGUGGAAUGGGUUCUGGUCUUGGGAUGGGAUCCAUGUCUGGUUACAUGUCGAGCAGCGGGACCACGUCCGGUUCUUUCAACAUGUCGUACAGCGGUACCGGUCUAAGUCCGGCUCCAGUCGGAGGGAUGGGUGGCUCGGCACCGUCGGCCAUGUCGGGCCUGGGCGGGGGUGUGGCCUCCAUGGGUGGGGCCCUGAGCCCGUCCAGCAUGAGCUCAGUAUCGGCCCAGCAGGCCUCCAUGGGCCUGAACCCGUAUGGGGGCAUGAGUCCCACCAUGAGCCCCGGCAUGGCGUACGGCGGCAGCGGGUUGAACCGAGCCCGAGACAACAAGGCAUUCAGACGGAGCUACCCGCACGCCAAGCCGCCCUACUCCUACAUCUCGCUCAUCACCAUGGCGAUCCAGCAGGCGCCCAGUAAGAUGCUGACGCUGAGCGAGAUCUACCAGUGGAUCAUGGACCUGUUCCCGUACUACCGGCAGAACCAGCAGCGCUGGCAGAACUCCAUCCGGCACUCGCUGUCCUUCAACGACUGCUUUGUGAAGGUGUCGCGCUCGCCGGACAAACCGGGGAAGGGCUCGUACUGGACCCUGCACCCGGACUCUGGGAACAUGUUUGAGAACGGCUGCUACCUGCGUCGUCAGAAGAGGUUCAAGUGCGAGAAGAAGAUGACGACCAAGUCUGACGGCAGGAAGGAGCAGGGGGGUGGCGGAGCGUCUCCUGCAGCGGACGCCAUCAAAGCUCCGGGACUCCUGGACUCUUCCCUGCCGUCCUCCAGCCAGGCGUCCUCGCCCCCGGGCCUGGACCUGCGGGGCGGUGUGGGGUCGGACCUGAAGGUGUCCGGCUCCCAGCUGCUGUCCUCGCUGUCGCUGCCCCCCCACUCCAUGGCCCACGAGUCCCAGCUACACAUCAAAGGCGACCCGCACUAUUCCUUCAACCACCCGUUCUCCAUCAACAACCUCAUGUCGUCCUCAGAGCAGCAGCACAAACUGGACCUGAAGGCCUACGAGGCGCUGCAGUACUCCUCCUACAACGCCGGCGGGGCGUCCGGCCUCGGAGGCAGGACCAUGGAGCCGCUGGAGGCCUCCUACUACCAGGGCAUGUAUCCCAGACCGCUGCUCAACACCUCGUAGCUGCCGCUGCACCUCCUGCCUGGACUCUCUGCAUGCAGCUGUCCUGGACUUCCUGAGUGACUGUGAUGAACCGGAGACUCUGGACUGAACUCCUGCACUGUGACCGAACCGGGACGCUAACAGACACCUGAACUCUCAGCCGGUUUACGUGCUCCCAGGUCUGUGGUCUCCUUUUACACACCGAGUCACAAACAGUCUGAAGGUAUGAAAACAUCGACGCAGGAUCCCACAGGUCACCAGGUCAGACCAGAACCGGCGGCUCAGGAUCGGUAGGAACCUGCUGAUUCAUGUCCUGAACCCAAGUAUUGAUGUCCCCGUUCUGUCUUCAGCUUCCUGGAUAGUUACAUUCAAUCACUUUAAAGAACCCCAGAACGAUUGACCUGCUGGUUCCUGGACACCUGAGAGUCCUGGUUCUGGUUCUGAUCCUGGGUUUGAGGUUUACAUGAAAGCUUGUAGCCUGUUUACUCAACGUUACAUCUCUCCAAACUCCAUUCAAAGUCCUGCUAAUUUAAGAGACGCUGCAUGUAGGUGAAUAUUUGCUUCAAUCAGAGCAGCGACACCAAACUCCAAUCAUAAAUCAGACGAUUUCACACACGUUUCUCAGAAAAUCAGCGUAAAUCAGAGAGCACUGCUGGUUAAACCGCAUGGUUUCAAUGAUUCACCGUGAAGAACAUGAGAACAAACGACCUCCUGGUCCUGAUUCCACCAAACUCCAUCUAGAUUCCUGCUGAUCUAAUAUCUGCUGAAUGUAGGUGAAAACUGAUGAGGAGUUUUUACAAACAUGAAACCAAAGUCCAAUCAAACAUCGGUCGGUUUUGACGCUAAUCUCAAUAUAAACCAGUUAGACGACAUUUUACUGGAUAGUUUCAACGAUUCGUGUUGAAAAAGACCAAAUGGUUCCUGAACACCUGAGAGUCCUGGUUCUGGUUCUGAUCCAGGGUUUGAGUUUAUCCUGAAAACUGCCGUCCUGUAACCUUUUUUUGUGCCUCUCUUUUAAUAUUCACUACUGUUUAAAAGUUUGGGGUCAUCCAGACAACUCCAUGUUUUCCAUUAAACUCACACUUUUAUCCAUGUGCUAACAUAACUGCAGAAGGGUUUUCUAAUCAUCAAUGAGCCUUUCUACACCAUUAGCUAACACAAUGUAGCAUUAGAACACAGGAGUGAUGGUUGCUGGAAAUGUUCCUCUGUACCCCUAUGGAGAUAUUCUAUUAAAAAUCAGCCGUUUACAGCUAGAAUAGUCAUUUACCACAUUAACUAUGUCUACACUGGAUUUAUCAUUCAUUUAAUGUCAUCUUCAUUGGAAGAAAAUUGCCUUUCUUUUAACAAUGAGGACAUUUCUAAGAGACCCCAAACUUUUGAACAGUCGUGUUCGUUUCAUUCAAAUGAAAGUUUGUUAAUUUGCUUAAAUCCGAGCGGCUAAUAUGAAACGACCCCAAACUCAUUUAAAUAUCCUUCGAUUUUAGUCACAUUUCUCAGAUAAUCAGUGAUUGUUGCUGGUUGAAGCUGCAUUAAAACACCAAACAGUUAAUCACCAUUGAAACCAUUAAAGCGGCAGACUGAGCGUAUCACGUGAACAGAGAUCUGACGCUUACAUGCAGGUUCAGGUUUCUGGAAACAAGAUAAGACCUGAUCCUGGUCUCUGGAAUCCACAUGUGACGUUUAUCUACACGACCAGUCUAAAGUUUGGACACAUCUGCAUUCAGUGGCUUUUAUUUCAUUAUUUUACACAUUAAAAACUGUAAAAGAACACAGAUGGAAUUAUGCUGUAAACAACAAAGUCUUCAUCUUCAGUAUUAAUGCAGGAAAUAAACCAAAUAAAUUAAAAGCAUUGAAUGAGAAGGUGUGUAGAAUCUUUAGACUGGUCGUGUUUGAGCAAACUGGAUGUUUUAAAAAGCGGAUCAGACUCUAGAGACGAAAUCUGCUGAUCUGAAGCCGUCGGUGUUCAUUUAAACCCUGAACCUGUUCCAUCUGAUCUGACUUUAGGUUUCAGUUUAAUUUAAAUUAUCUGCAGUUUCACCACAAAUGAUCUUCUUUUGUUUUUAAAGACGCUUUAAUGUUUCAUUAAAAAAUAGCACUUUAAAGUUCCUGUGGACCCUGGGAGGGCCGCGGGUUGAACAGUUUGUUUAGCUAAAGGUCAGAGGUCACCCGGCGGCCUGUCGUCAUGGCGACGCCAGAGAUGUUUACAGAUUAAUGACGGGAAUUAAUUUUUCCGUCGAGAGUUUAUUUCUCCCACGACCUCGCCUGCUGCCGCCCUGACCCCUGGAGGGGUCGCGACCCGCGGCCCGAGAACCCGACGCAUUAGAGGCUUUUAAUUUGAAGGGUCAGUUCACCAGAAAACAGCCUGAUUCCUGAUCAGCCUCCGUCUGAAGUUCAAUCAGUUCAGAUCUCUGAUGGAUCAAUAAUUAUUGAUAAACAGGAAGUUUUUAAUCCAUUUCUCUAUGAAGUAAAAAUAUUUAAUCGUGAAAAAAGUUCUUUAUCCAAUUUAAAAUCCUCAAACUAUGAAUUAUUAUUGCAGAUUUAUUCUGAUCAAUCAGAUGAUCGAUUGAUUUGGUUACAGGAAAAGAUUCCUAAUAAAUUAAAGUUUAAUUUAAUCGAAAAGAAAAAAAAUCUUCUUUUUAAAAACAAUAAAACAAUCAGCAGUUGAUUCAUGAGUUCAGCCGCCUGGUUUUCCUACAAAAUAACAUCUUGAAGUUCAAUUCUAAUAAAUGAUGUUCAGCAAAAAACAUUCAGUUCCAUGAACGAGAUUUUAAUCUUUCAUCAAAAGUAGUUUUAAUUACUCGGUAUUUUUAAGCUGAUUAUUUUAAAAAUGACAUCAUUCUAACUAGUAAGAGACUUUUUACUGUUUUAUGAACAUUUUUACGAACACGAGUUUUUAAUCUGGAAAAAAUGUAAAAAUUAAGUUUUCCAAAUAGAUUUUCUUUUCUUCAGUUUGUUCAUUCUAAUAAAAAUACAGAUUAAAAUAAACCUUUAAAAUUGUUUUUGACAUAAUUUUAAUGAUAAUUACACCAACUUAACACUGUGCAGAAUUUAAAGCUUUAAAACUAAAUUCAAGUUGUAGUAAAUGAAUUAAACUGAGCAGUUUUUUCUCUACUUUGAGUUCAGGAUUUCAAAUCCAUAAAAACAUAAAAACUAAUGUUUAUACCAACGAUAAGUAAUUUAUGAUUUAAAGCAUAUUUAAUUAUAGAGGAAGGAACUCAGUCUGGUUUGUUGGUUGAGCAUCAUUUCCUUAGAAGAUGUUUAAAUUAAAAAUAUUUCAUUUUAACUGCUGUUGUGGAUUUUAACACAAUAUUUAAACCCUAAACUCAAAAAAGACAAACUUAAUCAGCCCAAAAUUAUAAAAACAAAAUUAUUAAUUGAAGAAUAAAUCCUUUAUUAUUAUAAUUUUCCCCAAAGUGGAGGGAAUUUCAUUUCAUAGUUUCUGAUAUUUAAAUGUGGAACCAAAACCAGAUCUGCACCUAAACGUAUUGUUUCUUCCUUUCACUGUGUUCCAUGUCUUCACUUAGUUUCAUAAAAAUCCGUGCUCUAGUGUUCAUGUAAUCCUGCAGACGGACAAAUAAAUGCAAUAAAAACAUCCUUUCCUCUGCAGAGGCCUCAGAUUUAACAGCUUUCUUUAGUUUUCUUUGCAGAAAUCCUCAUUUUUAACGUCAUCAGAUGAACACAGAGCUGAAGAAACGAGUAGGAUAAAAAUCAGAAAGAGAAAUAAAAUGAAAAUACCUGAAAUCUAAAAGUGGAGAGUCUAAUCGGAUGGUUUAGCUCUAGACGCCUGACGAGAUGAAGUUCACGGAGAAAAAAGGUUCUGACACGGAACAGCUAAAGACAGAAAAAACAUUCAUCAGUUCAGGUGAAAAAGUUAAAAUAAAUACAGUUUAAAAUUUAAUUUAAAGAUCUGAAAAUCAAAUCUGACAAAUCCCAAAUCUAUGUCCCAUUAAUUUAAACAUCUGGAGUUUGAACAAAAGAGAAAAAAAGAGAAAAGAGAAAAAAAAUCUGACUUAAGGAACAUUAAAGCUGCUGAGAACAAACCGGACAUAAAUUAUUCAAUAAACCUCAGAUUUACUGGUGAGAAACUCCCAAAGGUCCAACUGCUGUGGAGAAAAAUUGAACAUCUGGAUCGUUUUUUUUUUUUUUUCACUUGAAAUACAAACAAACCAGAAGGAAGCAGAAGCGGAUGUUUCUGAAGGUUCUGACCCAACAGAACCUCUGUAAUCUGGUCAACAUGGAGGCAGGUUCUGGUUUACUGACAGUCAAACUGUACAGAGUCAGUUUAAAGGACCCUGAAGGGGCCACGAUGCAUUUACAGACCAGUAAAAGUAAUUCAGCUCCAAAGAAUGUUCUUGGACUUUGGUUUCCAGACUUUAGUUCUUGGACUUCAGCUAAAAGGACCGUUCCUGGGUUUUGGUUCUUUGAUUUUAGUUCCUAGACCUUGGUUCUUGUAAUUCUUCUCUAGAGAACGUUAAUAAACUUUAGUUAUUGAACUUUUGCUCCAAAGAUCAGUAAAAGUCGUAAUCUGAGUUUAUUUUUCAUCAGCGGCGGUUUGACCUUCAGAAAAAACAUCUAACAGUCAAUUAUCUGACAGAUUUUUCUCUUUAAAUUGAGACGAACAAAUUCAAGUCAAGCUCAGAUCAAUGUUCUCUGUAAUAUGCUCAAAAACUAAAGGUUCUAGCUGGAACCAAACAUGGUUCUUCACAUUAAUCUCAUACAGACAAAAACAAUGUUUCCUCAUUAGAGUUUCAUCAGUAACAACCACAGGAAUCUUUACUGAGGAACCGUUCUUCACCUGCUUUAUGUGGUUCUUUUAAGGGUUCUAUUUAUUGGAGCUCUUUGGUUUAGUCAGAGAAAAGAACAUAGAACUGCAAUUAAUGAAUACUGUCAUGAUUAAUAAAUCAUUUAGUCAAUGAAACAUCAGAAAACAGAGAGAAACGUCCAUCUUGUUGUUCUGUAGGACCAAGAACCCAAAAUAUUAAAUAUGUUCUAUUGGAAGGAACCCAGACAUGCUGUAAAUGCUUUUUUUAAACUUAGAAGUGACUUAAAGAAUCAUCAAGUCCUCUUUAAGAACCUAUUUUUAGGUUCUUUGGAGUGCCACUGAUGGUGCCUAAUGGAACCUUCUGCUGAUGGUUCUAUGAGGGUUCUUCAAAGAACUGAAGUAAUGUGGCCAUAAAGGUGAUGUGUGGGACUGAAAAUGGUUCUUCUGUGGCAUCACUUAGAGGAACUAUUUUGGAUUCCAGGUGGAAUCUUUAUUUAUUUUAGUUAUAUGAAAACGUCCUGGUAAGAUGUUCUUGAAAGAAACAUUUCGGUUGAUCAGCUGAGUCUUUGGCGCCAUGGAAACACAAAUCAGACUGUUCUGCAGAAACUUCGGUUCUUGGGAACGUUCCCAGUGAUUAAAGUUUCUGCACUUUAGUUUGUCGAAUUCAGUUCUUGAACUUUGAUCCCAGACUUUGGCUCUUGGAAUCCAGUUAUUAGACUUUGGUCUUUCAGACUUUAGUUCUUGGACUUAAGUUGCUGGACUUCAGUUCCAAACUAUGUUCUUGGACUUUGCUUUUCCAGACUUCAGUUCUUGGACUUUAGCUAAAAGAAACAUUCCUGGACUUGAGUUCCUGGACUUUAGCUUUAAAGCUAUCUUUCAUGGAGUUUGGUUCUUGGAAUCUUGUUCUUAACCUUUAGUUCUUGGACUUUGGUUUUUCAGACUUUAGUUCUUGAACUUUAGCUAAUAGCAGCAUUCUUGGACUUUGGUUUCUUAAUCUACUUCUUGAACUUUAGUUGUUGGACUUUUUCUUUUCGAGACUUCGGUUCUUGGAUGUUAAAGUUCUUCGGUUCCUCGCUGUCGUCUUGUUUUGAUCGCUGCCUGCAGACGGAACUCGGGGCUAAAAUAAAGUCAGUUUGGUUGCUAUAAAUUCCCGUUCCAGUCACCGAUCAAUAAAUCAUCCAGGUUCAGGUUUACAGUCUGAUCGAUUGAUUAUUGACUGAUCGAUUGAUUACUGACUGAUCGGUUCUUCGUCGACGUUUCUGAGGAUCUUUGUUUGGUGACUCUCACUCUGUGUGUAAAAGCAGAACCACUUCCUGUCUGUUGAAGCGUCUGUAUUUAAACUCAGCUCUCCUGUCCAUCACUGAUUAUUGAUUAUUGAUUAUUACCAUGUGCAUGAAUGAAGUGGGAGGUCUUCUUCUUCUUCUUCUCCUUGUUUUCUGGAAGUAAUGGGCCGUUUAACGGAAUGCUCAGAGCCUCCUCUUCCUCCUCAUCCUCGUCUUCCUCCUGAAGGAGGUGAAGGAGGAUCGAUGUCCAGAAGCUCCUCGUCCUCGUCGUGUUUGUUCUUCGUUGGUUUUCGACUCUGAUGCAUGUUCUUAACUUAUUCUGUCAUUUUCAAAUAAAACAAAGAAACACUGGAAACCUA